UUCAUACUAUCACGAUCUUUCAAUUAUUCGCUCAAAUUUAUAUCAGUACUAAGAAUUUAGGGUUUCUAUGUGCUUAUCAUACAUAUUAAUUUGGGUAUUUUCACUUUGAUAACUUCUCUUUUGAGCCGAGGGUAAGGGUACAUACUACUCCUCCCCCUGACCCCAUUACACUGGGUAUAGAAAAUGAAAAGCAACAAUCUUGACUGAAUUUAGGGGUUAAGGGUCAACUCAAAGCUACUCAAAACUCAACCCUCCUGAUGUUUGAGGCAUUGUGAAAAACAAAAAGCAGACUGUUGUUGCGCCGUCUUAACCAUCAGUGACUAUACUGUUGCAAUAAUGGAUCGUGGAAAAAGGCCAGACCUUGCUGCACGGAAUAAUAAGAUUUAUUUGGAUCUUAAGGACAUCAUCAAAGAGAAUGCCCUUCCCUUCCUUCCUGCCAAAUCAAUUGUCAAAUUCGGAGCUGUCUGUAGGGACUGGAGACUCCAGAUUUCCAUUCCAUUUUUUGCCCACAGUCAAUCACUUUCUUGUCGCAGUACAUCAGGCUUCUUUCUCCAGAUUCACGGGGGUUCUCCUUCUUUCAUACCCAUUGACGCAAACUCUUGUGGGGUGCCAGAUCCUCUCCUUAGGUUCUUGCCUGAGCCUGUUGACAUUAAAUCCUCCUCUAAUGGACUGCUUUGCUGCCAAGGCCGUCAAGCGGACAAGUCCUACUACAUAUGUAAUCCCGUUACUAAGCAGUGGAAGAAACUUCCCAAAUCAAAUGCUAAUCAUGGAUCAGAUCCAGCAAUUGUGCUCUUAUUUGAACCAUCGUUGCUCAACUUUGUAGCAGAGUACAAAAUUAUAUGUGCUUUUCCAUCCACAGAUUUUGGUGAGGCAACUGAAUUUGAUAUAUAUUCCUCCAGAGAGGAUUCUUGGGAGAUUGCUGGGGAGAUCUGCUUUGGAGAUAGAAAAGUAAUGCCAAAAUCAGGGGUCCAUGUGAAUGGCAUUGUUUACUGGAUGACAACUGAUAGUAUUCUUGCUUUUGAUCUAACAAAGGAGAGGGCACAGCUCCUUCAAGGCGACUUUCGUGGCUUCUUGGGGGUUUUUAGUGGAAAGCUCUGUAAGGUUUAUGUCAGUGGUAAUUCAAUCAAGUUAGACAUUUUGGUUAAUGCCCACUCAAAUACAAUGCCAAUGAGAGACAGAAUCAGAAUGUGGUCACAGAAACAGACUGUUGUUCUUGACAGUAAAAUAGUCGGGGGUGUAGCAACGAACUACUCAGUUUUACAUGUUGACAGUGAUAUAAUGGUGGCUCAUUGUGGAGAAAGAACGUAUUCAUACGAUUUCAAGUCCUGUGCAACAAAAUUGCUGAGCAGUCAAGCUGACAUUUUUUAUCAAUGUUUUCCGUAUGUAAACAGCCUAGUCUCCCUCUAAUCUGCCUUUGUUUGGAACUGCAACCAGCUUAUUGGGGAAAACAAGCCUCGCCUUUUCAGAUGGUUGCUUGUCCUGAGGAAGUUUAUAUAGUAUUUUUCCAUGAGUCCCCUAAAGAUAGCUUCAUUCUUAUUUUACUAAAGACCAAUACAUGAAGAUUUUGAUGGAAAAACUAAAUAGUGGUUUGUCUUUCAUACAUGAAUAUUUUGUACUCUAGAAAAGAUAUUCCUUGGUGGUUUAAGAAAUCUUGUA